UACCAACACACGCACAAACCCCCCUCUGUCGACACCUAUUACUUCUACGGGGCCACGGAACUACUUCCACCGCCUCUCUCUCUUCCGAUUAUCUCAACCCUCCGAUCAUCACCGCCUCUCUCUCUAGAUUUCAGAUCGGCCGAAAAGUUGUGUUUUUUAAGUCCGGAUAAUUGAAUCAAUGGAGUCUUCUAAAGAGACAGGCUGCCAAGCUCCCGAAGGUCCCAUUCUCUGUGUAAACAACUGUGGUUUUUUCGGUAGUGCAGCGACCAUGAACAUGUGCUCCAAGUGCCACAAAGACAUGAUCUUGAAGCAGGAACAAGCAAAACUCGCAGCAACAUCCAUUGAAAACAUUGUGAAUGGUGGCUCUGGGAGUACUAACAAGGAGCCUGCAGUUGCUGAUGCUAUUAACUUGCAAGCUCAGUCGGAGAUUGCUCCGGCAUUACCGGCAUGUGAUUCAUCAUCCUCAAAGCAGGCUUCAGAGGUGAAAGUUAAAGUGGGCCCCAAUAGGUGCAGCACUUGCCGCAAGCGUGUGGGUUUGACAGGUUUCAGUUGCAGGUGUGGAAACUUGUACUGUGCAGAACAUCGCUAUUCUGACAAACAUGAGUGCUCGUUUGAUUAUCAGACUGCUGCAAAGGAUGCUAUCUCCAAAGCAAACCCAGUGAUCAAGGCUGAGAAGCUCGACAAGAUCUAGGAGCCAUGGAUUCCUCCAGAUUUCAGUAAUGAAAUAUGAUCUGAUUGUUCAAUAUCGAUGCUGUUUCCUUUUCGUAUAAGUUGGCCUAUUUCUCUUGCUAGGUGGUGCUAGUGAAAUGAUUAGUAAGAUAGCAUGAGAGAUGGGGACACCUAUGCCGUAAAAUGAACAAAUAGCAUGCAGGCGUUCUCUGGGAUAGGAUUUAGUUUUGUUUGCUUCAGUGUGUUUUUAUUUCCCGUGGCUUGAUGGAUAUCUAUGGUUGAACCAUACUGUGAAGUGUGUCUUAAAUUAUGAUAUUCUAGCAUGACGUUGGUAUUAUCCAUAACGAUAUGUGUGUUUGCCUGCAGUUGGAAUGGGACAUGUUUUACCUUGCUAUAUACCUUCUCUGUUGAAUUA